AUGGUCCCCGAAAGUAAUGGGACCGAAACGUCUCCCCUCCUGCGCGACCCCGAAGCCGGGAACAGAGAGUCGACCAAGUCAGGAUGGCGACUAGAAUUCUCGAUCAUCUCUAAUUACACUGCCCCACUCAUGGUAGCCCUUCUACUCCAACAUGCAUUGACUGGCUCGAGUAUCUUCAUGGUGGGCCAUCUGGGGAAGAAGGAGAUCGGGGCCGUGAGCUUGGCAAACCUGACGGCCCAGAUCACUGGCUAUUUCGUUUUUCAAGGACUCGCGACAUGUCUCGAUACAUUAUGUCCGCAGGCUUAUGGGUCCGGAAAACCCACUAUGGUCGGUUUGCAUGUUCAGCGACUAACGUUGUUCAUGCUCCUCCUCAUCAUCCCCAUCGGCGCGAUAUGGUUUAACGCGGAUCGUAUCUUCCUCUUCAUUCUACCAGAUGAGUCGAGAGAGACCGCUAUUCUUGCUGGUGUGUAUUUGAGAAUCGCUAUCCUGGGUGCGCCGGGAUAUGCAUGCUUCGAGUCCGGAAAGCGCUUUUUCCAGGCUCAGGGUAUGUUUGGAGCUAGUCUAGUUGUCCUUUUGGUUUGUUCUGCUUUGAACAUUUUCAUGGGCUGGCUAUUUGUCUGGAAACUGCAAUGGGGAUUUGUCGGUGCACCUAUCGCCGUCGCGAUUGCAAACAGUCUUCUUCCAGUAUUGCUGGCACUCUAUGUCAUUUUUGUCAAUGGAUCGGAGUGCUGGCACCCUAUCUCAAUGGAGGUCUGGCACGGCUGGAGUCCGAUGUUGCGCCUCGCCAUCCCAAGCUGGUUAAUGAUUGAAGCCGAGGUUCUUGCUUGGGAAUUCAUGACUAUUAUGUCUUCGCGUCUGGGUGCUACUGAAUUGGCAGCCCAAGCAGCCCUCUCAACCCUCGCCGACUUUGCAUUCCAAGUCUCGUUCUCAAUCGCCGUUGCUGGUGGCACGCAUGUCGCCUACCUGGUGGGAUCGGGCUUCUUGCAGCGUGCAGCCACAGCAUCCAGAGUCAUGGUAUUCUCUUCAUUUGGUGCUGGCAUUGUAAACAUGGUUGUGAUCUUCGCUCUCCGGGGUGUCAUUCCUGGCCUGUUCAGUGAUAUCGGCGAAGUCUGGCACUAUAUUUACUUCUUACUUCCUUUGGGUGCCGUUGUUCAAAUUUCCGACGCCGUGGCUACUUCCCUGAAUAGCCUCCUGCGAGCUGUUGGACGACCUGACCUGGGUAGCUAUGUCCAGCUCUCGGUUUACUAUCUCGUGGGCUUACCCUUGGGGGUUGUGCUGGCCUUUGUGUUGGACUGGAGUAUAUUUGGUUUGUGGUGUGGAAUCCUUGUUGGGCAGGCAAUCAUUGUGCUGGUCGAGGGAUUCUAUUUCUGGAAGAUGGUGGACUGGGAGAAGGCGUCCCAGGAAGCUGUGGAGCGGAUGUAA